CACAACCUUCUCCCCCCCUGCAAUUACUCUCCUGUAUCUUUGUUCCGCCUUCGUCCCCAACUCCGGCCGCCAAGAACCCGCGCCCUCCUCGCCGCCGCAUUUCCUGACCGGCCGCCGGCAAUGCCCGCCGCGUGCGCCGCCUUGGGUUGCGCGCGUGUCUUGUCGUGGUCAAGAAGGGUUAGGCAGGCAGCGAAUUCGCCCGGGGCUCGAGAAGCCUUGGCGUGCCGGAAUUCCCCGCCCUCUCUGCAUUUUCCAUGCUCCGAUCCAUGCCGGAAUUAUGUAGUACUUAACUUGCUCGAGUAGAAGACUUACUGACUGACUUUCUCGUUGGGUUUGGUCCGGUUCGGCCCGCCUUUUCCCCGUCCCCAUUCUCUUUUCAACAAAAGUUCGGCACUGUUGCGGGAUGCUCUGCAGCAAUCAUGCUGUUGCUCAGCGCUGGGUCCCGAGACGGGGAAAGGGUGAUGAGUUUUUUACUGCCGGUAUCAUGCUUAGAUUAUUAUUGUUUUCACCUUUGAUCUUUGACGAGCCCAAAGCCAAAGCCAAAGCCAAAGCCGGGCAUGGCAUGGAUGCCUCCACUAGCGGCUGUUGCAUGGUGCAAUCAUUUGCCGGGAAGAAGGGAAUCGAAAUCAUUCGCCGCUCCGAGGAUUGGUUUUGGGUCGUGCGUGCGUGCAUGCCAUCGCCUUGUGCUUGGUGAAUCACGGCCCCAUCAUCGCCUUGAUCCUAGGAUCGAAUCAUUGAUUUUGAUUCCCCCAUCCGAUUUUUUCAGAUUGUAUGCAGACCAUGAGCGUGGAGGAGCUGAAGCAGAGCUUGCUGGCGGCGACCAUGGAGCUGGAGGUGUCCAAGGAGGAGCUGCGGAGGAAGGAGCAGAGCAUCGCCAAGCUCGCCGACCUCGUGCGCCAGGUGGCCAAGGAGCGGGACGACGCGAGGGACCAGGUGCAGCAGCUGCUCCUCGCCGCGGCUAAGCAGGCCGCGCCGCCGGUGCACCAGCCGGCGCCGGCCCUGGGCACGUCGAGCGUCACCGACUCGGACUGCAGCCUCGUGUCGUCCCCCGUCGACCCCUUCUUCGACCCCGUCACCUCCUCCGACCGGCGCCGCUGCGGGGGCGGCAAGCUCGGCGCCGCCAGCCCGCCCCCGCCGGCCAAGCAGCAGCAGCUCUGCGGCGCCGACGCCGUGCUCGACAUGCUCGCCGCGAAGAAGCCGCUGCCGCCGAGGGGUCGGCUGCUGCAGUCCGUCAUGGAGGCGGGGCCCCUGCUGCAGAACCUGCUCGUGGCCGGGCCGCUCCCGCGCUGGCGCAACCCGCCGCCCGUGCACGCGCUCGACACGCUCCCGGUCGGCGGCGGCGGAGUCUACAUGAACGCGACGCCACUCCACGCCGCGAACGCCGGCGCGGCUCCCGGCUACGGCCCCAACGCCAACAGCGCCUGCAUGAAGCGGCCGAUGGCGGCGAUGCCCGCCAUGCCCAUGGCCGCCACCAGCUGCUCGCCGUCGCGGGGCUUCGCCCCCAAGCGGCACCGGCUGCAUUGACCGUCCCUCCACCGCCCGCGCCUCGUCUUUUCCACCAGCGACCGCCGACCCCUCGCCGCCGGCCCGGCGGUUGGCUGCCAUGUCACGCCUGUCAGUGACACGGCAGCGCUAGUUGCUGACUGCAUUAUAGUAGCGUCAUAGAAGCAGAGUAUAGUAGCAGAGUCAUCAGUGGUUAAUCCUGGUGUAAAUAGGAAGGUUAAUCUCACCCUCUUUUUUACCUCUUGUCAAAUUUUCGUCUGGUGCUUGUGAGAGUCUUAGUGAGAGAGAGAGAGAUUGUUCAUAUCUUUGCAUGCAUGGUAGCCAAAUUGCCAAUAGUCCUUUUGUUUUGUGCUGAGAAGAGAACUUUAGGUUCCACUGAUCUCAGGCAUGCCCUUGGCUUGUGUCAAUUUACAAUUUUAUCCUACC